CCGUUUUCAUCCCGCUUGUUUCAUCCGCACGCGCGUUUGUUCGCUCUUUCCUCCUUCUUCUGAGUAACUUCUCGACCAGACGCUCGCCUUGAUCCGGUGCUUUUCUCCUUUGAGAUGCUUGGCGAGCUCUCUCCUCCCUCUUUUAACUAGACACACAUAUACACACACACACACGCACACGCAAGCACGCAAACACUCUCACUCUCUCACACACACAAACACGCACACACCGGUUUCAUCUCGAACUUGCGAGGUUUUAUAUUGGGAAUCUAAAAUAAGAGAGGAGCAACCCGGUGGGAUACGGAGCGCUCGCGCGCCUUCAUCAAGGACCCCUUUGGAGAGGAUAAGGACCCUUGUUGACACUUUUUUUGUCGCUUAUCUCUUUUUGCCUCCUCCCUUUCAGUUGGUUUUUUAUUGCUAGCUAAUCCGGAGGAUUUCUUUUUUCCCCCAAUUCUUCUUGUUCUUGUUCUUUUUUUUUAAUUACUCCGCUCGAAUAGCCGGUUUUCGAGGGCCGUUUUCAUGUUUUCCAUCCAGGACGGUCUCCCGCGGGGAGCGCUCACCAUGAAGGAAGAACCGCUCGCCAGCGGCAUGACUCCGGUGCGCUCUUGGAUGCAAAGCGCCGGGAUACUGGACGCCAACACGGCCGCGCAAAGUGGAGUCGGUCUGGCCCGAGCUCACUACGAGAAGCAGCCGCCCUCCAACCUGCGCAAAUCCAACUUCUUCCACUUCGUAUUGGCGCUGUAUGACCGUCAGGGGCAGCCGGUGGAAAUCGAGAGGACAUCCUACGUCGACUUUGUGGAGAAAGACAAAGAAUAUAACGGAGAAAAGACCAACAACGGCAUCCACUACAGGUUACAGCUUCUCUACAGUAAUGGAAUCAGGACAGAGCAGGACCUGUAUGUCAGGUUGAUAGACUCCAUGACUAAGCAGCCAAUCAUUUACGAGGGCCAGGACAAAAACCCGGAGAUGUGCCGCGUCCUUCUUACCCAUGAGAUCAUGUGCAGUCGGUGUUGCGACAAAAAGAGCUGUGGGAACCGAAAUGAGACACCGUCAGACCCGGUGAUCAUCGACAGAUUCUUCCUGAAGUUUUUCCUCAAGUGCAAUCAGAACUGCCUGAAAAACGCAGGGAAUCCCCGAGACAUGAGACGCUUUCAGGUGGUCAUUUCCACUACGGUGAACGUAGAUGGCCACGUGCUGGCCGUGUCCGACAACAUGUUCGUCCACAACAACUCCAAACACGGGAGACGCGCUCGCCGCCUCGACCCCUCUGAAGCAGCCACUCCAUGCAUCAAAGCUAUCAGCCCCAGCGAGGGCUGGACAACCGGAGGAGCCACCGUCAUCAUCAUCGGAGACAACUUCUUCGACGGGCUGCAGGUCGUCUUUGGAACCAUGCUCGUCUGGAGCGAGCUCAUCACGCCCCACGCCAUCCGUGUUCAGACGCCACCCAGACACAUCCCCGGGGUCGUGGAGGUCACACUGUCCUACAAAUCCAAGCAGUUCUGCAAAGGAGCACCGGGACGCUUCGUCUACACUGCUCUGAAUGAACCAACCAUCGAUUACGGCUUCCAGAGGUUACAGAAGGUCAUUCCACGCCACCCUGGAGACCCUGAAAGGUUACCGAAAGAGGUGCUGUUAAAGAGAGCAGCAGACCUGGUGGAAGCUCUUUAUGGAAUGCCUCAUAAUAAUCAGGAGAUCAUCCUGAAGCGGGCGGCCGAUCUUACCGAGGCUCUGUACAGCGUGCCACGCAGCCAUAACCAGCUGCCCUCUCUGACUGGCUCGAGCGCACACUCGGGCAUGAUGGGAGUCAACUCCUUUAGCAGCCAGCUCGCCGUCAACAUCUCCGAGGCCACGCAGGCCGACCAGGGUUAUUCACGUAACUCCAACAGCGUGUCUCCUCGUGGCUAUGUGCCGAGCUCCACGCCUCAGCAGUCCAACUACAACACCAUCACCUCCACCAUGAACGGCUACGGAGCCGCAGGCAUGACCAACCUCGGCGUGCCUGGUUCACCCAGCUUCCUCAAUGGAUCCACUGCCAACUCGCCCUACGCAAUCAAACAGAAGAGCGCCUUCGCCCCCGUCGUGCGGCCUCAGACCUCCCCGCCCCCCACCUGCACCAGCACCAAUGGGAGCAGUCUACAGGCCAUGGCUGGUCUCAUCGUCCCUCCCAUGUGAAGCAGGAGGAGAAAUCUGUGCUCAUUGAGCUUCACCUGAUGAAUAGAAAACUCCACGAUUCUCAAGAACUCACCGACUCAAACAGCAUCUUAGAAAAUAUCCUCACAUCAUCAUCAUCAUCAUCAUGGAGGAUUUUUUUUAAAAUUAAGAACACAGAAAUCUUUUCCACAACCUGGACGAAGUGCAUUAAAAACAAAAACAAAAGAGAUAAAGACUAACAAAAAUUGCUUUCGUCUGAUAUUUUUUCGUCGGAUGGAUCGACUCCCCUUUCCAACGUCAUCUCCUGAUCUUCCGGGACUCGAUUUUGUAAAGAAACAGCAGCCGAAGCCACGAAUGCGAAGGCAGCUAGAUCGGAGAUGAUUUCAACGCCAACUGAACUGCUCGGAGGAAAACAUGCAGGCGUGACCCGCGGCUCGGCUCCGGACUUUUUAUUUUUUUUCAUUUGCAUGCAGAGCGGACCUUGUUUAAUUUUAGUUUGUAUUUGUGAACUUCAUCACGUAAUGACGGAGCGAGAGCCAAGCGGAAAAAGGGGAACAAAAAAAAAGCCAGGUUGAGAAGAAAUGAGGAAAGCUAGCUAAAAGUGCUAACUUCUUCCCGCUCGAAAUCAUCGGCUCGUACGAAGUCUCGCCAACGUCCAUUUCUACCACGUGUUCCACGUUUUCUACCAUUCAAACAAAUCCAUCCUUUCCAGACUGAUCUUAUUAACCUGAUACCCAUGCACAAGGUUCAGCAUCUUUCUUUUCUUUUCUUCUUUUUAUUCUUAUCUUCUUUUCUUUCUUCUCAACGCCGAGUCGAUGAGCGUGUAGGUACGUUAGAGAGUCGCAGGUUUGUGUGGAUGGCUAGAGUUACACCAGGAAUGCUUUCUGCAACUUUAUUCACAUUUAGGUACCAGACAUUUAAUGUUGAACUUCUUGUGAAUUAUUAUUAUUAUUAUUUUUUUUUUUUGUAUGUAUUUAUAAAAAAAAAAAGUAUGUUUGAGAUUUGAGAUUUCUUUGGUGAUUUAGGCCUGAAUUAUAGUAUCCCAUAUCGCUUGAUGUCUUAAUACCUUUUAGAUCUUGUAAAAAAAAAAAAAAAAGUGUGAAAAGUCAACUUUUUCUUCUUUUUUUUUUCUUUGUAAAAACUGAAAAAAACCCAGAAAAAUUCCAUGUCAGGUCAUCUUUUUUUUUUUUUUUUUUUUUUUUUUUUUUAAAAAGCAGGAUGUACUCUUCACCACUUUUGUAAAGGGAAAAAAAUUUGUAUAUUUCAAGUUUUUCUUUCUGUAAAACAGCAUUUUUCUCGUUCACAGCCUUCCUCGUCCUGUGAGUUUUUUGUGACAAAAACCCGUGUACGUUCAUCAGCGUUCUUUCUAACUGCACUGUUUUCGUUGAAGAAACUCUCCGGAGAAAUUUAUCAGUUUUAUAUAGCGACAAACAAAUAGAGUGGGGGAGGGGGUAUGAAAUGGGUGCAAAAAAUCGAAAACACAGGCAUAUGCAGCGGUGUGUUUGUGUUAUUUUGUUACUUUGGUGAUGACCGGGAUGAAUGAUUGGUCAGCACGCGGUUUCUGAAACGGUUCUAUUUGAGCGUCGUAGUGGUUUUUAUAAAAUAUAAUUUUUUUAGAGUAGAAAUAGUAGAAUUGAUGAAAAAUCAAAUUUAGAAAUUCAGCCCACUGUGAUGCCCUGAAUGUAAUACUUGGUUCAGAGGAAAAUUUGGCGGCAAAAUAUGAAUUUAGGUGCGAAAUUUGAAAAAAAAGCAGUUUUUGUAAAAUUCAGAUUUUAGAAUUUUUGCACAGAAUGUAUGUGAAUUACAUAAACAAAAUGCAUUAAAUGCAAAACGAAGUCAUGCGGUUUGAAAAACCCUUCCGAUUUUUUUUCUUUUCUUUUUUCUUUUUUCCCCCCUAAUUUCUAGAAUAAUUUCUAAUAACUAGAAUAAAGAAUUGAAUCUGAUUGGAUGACACGAUGCGGCAUGGUGGUUAUUCUUCUUUGAAACUUUUAAGCCUGGCCACACAUUAGCGUGAUGGUCCUGAAUGAUGUUGUAGUGACAAAAUCUGAAAAAAAAAAAAUCAUUAAUUAUUUGACUUUGGAACUAAAUUCUUGUGGCUACAUUUGUAUAGACUUGUCACUAUAGAAAUGAGCUCAGCUUUAAUAUAUGAAUUUAUUCAAAAAACUUAAAUUACCACCAUGUCGUUACCCAGCACGUUAUUGCCAUUCCGUAUGAUUUAUCCAGCAGAUAGGAACAACGGAAACUGUAUUUAUUUUAGGAAGCUUCUGUGAAAAGAUUCUUGACAGCGUGUCAUGAAAAAUGUCAUUGGAUUGUGUGACAGGAAAAGGUCCCAAGCUCGGAUAAAAAUGGGAGGGUUGCGUCAGGAAGGGCAUCCGGGGUAAAACCUGUGCCCAGUUGUUAAGACCCAGUUGGUCCGCUGUGGCGACCUCUCCCACACGUAGGGAGCAGCUGAAAGAUCAACAACAACCUGGGACCGGCACUGAGAGCUAACUUUUCAGUAGCUGGGUUAGCGACCCUGCCCAGGCCGAGCCACGGCAAUGAAAGCGCGGGAUCUUGUCCUGGACCACUGGGGAGUUUUCUGUAAUCGCUUACUAAACAAGCAAAAUUCCGACCAAUCAGAACAGAGAAUUCACCAGCACUGCGGUGUAAAAAUGAACUAUUAUUCUAAACAUGCUGUUUACAUCGAAUUCAUGACACAUGGUUGACACUAUCGAACUAGCUAAACAGAACAAACGAAGAUUUGCGCUAGAAAAGAAAGAAACAAACGUUUUCGGUUUGGAUUUUGUUUUGAAAAGUGAUAUCAGGAACAUCGAUCUCAGCGGGUGAAGCUGGCUGCUAUGUUCGAGUUUACGGAUGCACCAAGUAACAUCCUUUUGAAGCUAGGCUCAAAUUGUAAACUGGAACGUAUGCAAAUAUUUGUAUAUACGAUUUUGCGAUAAAAUAACACAAAUCCUGUAAUAAAACGACGAAUACAACAUUUUGAAUCAAUUUUGGCACAAACACUAUAACGUUUUCUUUAUUUAGAAAAACGUCAUCUUGAUCACCGUCAUGAUCCAGCGUUAAUCGUUGAAGAAAUCAAAUUCGCCGCUUGUUACAGCAACAACCUCGACUGAAAACUUCACCUUCGAGUGCAGCAAGUGACAUCAAAUCAAAAUGGCUGCUUCCAGCAUCAACAGUAAACAAACCUAGCAGCUAAAUCAGUAGAAAAUUUCCUCCUGCUUGGCAGCUAAAGCAAAAAAAGCGUCAUUUUCAAGGUACGAUUUUCCCAGAAUGCACUUCAUCACCUCGACGUUCCAACAUCACCCACUGAGAUCCUGAGAUUUUACAUUUUUUUAAAAAUUGAAAUCUAUUUAUUUGACCGUAUUUUUUUAAUUACUUUUUUUCUUUUUAAAUCAGAUUCGAAGCUAUCGAAGGUUCUAUUUGUACGACAUCGUCACGGUAACGGAAACGGUGCAGGUAUAAAUAAAUAUAUGUACAGCUCAAUUUUAGAUGUAAAUUCAUAUUAAAAAUUAGGGUGAGUUGAUGAGUGAGGAUAUGAGAUAUAUCUUUUUAAGAAAAAAUAAUUUUUUCGUCCUGAACGGGAAAGAACGGACUGGAGUCAUCGCUAUUUAUGUUCUGUACGUGUGAAAAAGAUUUAUGUCACAUAUUGAGCCAUUAUACACACACACACACACACAACACACACACACACUCACUUCCUGUCUAUCCUGUCAUCGUGUUGCGUUUUAGGGUGUAAGAAGGACUUUUCUUUUUUCUUUUUUUACUUUUUAAAAAGGGUUAGAGGUCCUGCUUUCUGAUCUUUGUGAAAUAUUGAAAUAUAUUGAAAGUAUAUCAAAAGCACAAUGUUUAAUUAAUGUCUUUAGAACCCCGAGGAGAACCCUUUCGUCUCUCCUCUCACACAUAAAUGUGCUGUACAUAAAUGCAUGUUUUAUUUUUUUUCUUUCUUUCUUUUUUUUCUGUGAUUUCGUGGUUUUUUUGUACAGAAACAGACUAAUAAAGAUUACAUUUGGCUUGA